ACGGCUGUUUCCGACUCACCGUACGGCCGCCGUAGAGCAAAUGUGACCAAGGUAUUAAAGUCUCGUAUAUCGAAGUUCUGAGGCACAAUCAAUUUCCAUUCUAGCUUGGAGUACGGAUCUCCACUGUGUUUGUUCUUCUCCUCAUGCAUGUCAUGCUCGUUGAGUUGAAAAUUGUCUACGAAUUUUUUUUUUCAGAUUCUUCAGCUAAAAUCGGCAUAAUAAAUUACUAUCUUCUAAUGAGCAUAUCCCCGAAUACGUCUGCCAUUCUAUCAUAACUGAUUCUUCAGACAGGAAUCCGGAUCUUCAUGGGAAUCUUCGUUCUAUGCUUCAGCUUGCCAUUCUAACAGUUGAAACGUGCACACUUUUUCCUGCUGUUAAACAUUAUUGUUGUGCCCAGCAACGCCCAGUGUAAUAACUGUAAAGAUUUGAUGAUGGAUAGAUGCACCCGUAUUUUGCGCUCCCCUUGUUCCCCGAUAUUCCUGAUACUCCUAAUGGAAUCGUGUUCCAAGAUCGGUCUUGUCAAGGCUAUGGGAAUCCUGUUUGCAGACCUCUCCAAGUCGAUCGAGAUGACGUCAGCUGAUCUUGGCAUUGCACUUGGUCUUUUCUAUACACUUGGGCUUUUGAUAACUCCACUUGUGGCUUUUGUUAUCACCCGUACCUCGCAUCCCCGGAUUCUUCUAAUAUUUGGCGCCACUAUGGGGUGUAGUCCUAUCAUUAUUGCAUCUCAAGCGACACAAAAUUGGCAUUUGUUUCUCACUUUUGCGAUAUCAGGGGCUGGCUACUGCGUUUUGCGCAUGACCUCCCUCACUGCACUUGAUAGACUCGCUGGGGAACACUUCAACCUCUUGUUCAGCCUUUCGACUUGCGGAUACUCGGCGGGUAUGGUUCUAUUCCCUUUCCUGGCUGAGGAAUUGCUGAUGGCCUACGGCUGGCGAGACGUUUAUCUCAUCCUGGGAGGAUUGAUGCUGAAUGGAAUUCCAUGCGCUCUGGCCAUUCAGAUAACUCAGGAAACAUUCAACAUAAGAGAUAAAGAAGAGUUGCAAAGACGAGACCAAGUCGGUAAUGAUACUUCUUUGACCGGAAGUAACGGGUGUUGCCCUGAUGCAUCAACAGAGAAUGGCGUUGUUGAUGCCGUCGCUGACACUGACCCGUUAUUGACUCCUUCAGCAGGCCAUGAUCAUAUUGACAUAGGUGUGGACCUAACCUUGCCAAAGGAUGAAACAUCUCCUACAAGAUACUUUGAUUAUAUAGCCAGUUUCCCAGGAAAGAUUUCAUCCUGUAUUGGAAACAUGGGAUUUUACGACGACCCAUUUUCCGUCUUCAUUUUCCUUUCAAUUGCUAUGUUCUUUUUCGUGUAUAAUGGAUGGCAUGAUUUUCUAGUACCACACGCUCUCCAAAGAGGAAUCUCUGAACAAAAUACGAUCAUCUUAACCUUCGUCGCCGCAGUUGGGAACUUCUCUUCACGGCUCAUCAUCGCCCUCCUUACUCACCACUCUGUUGACCCAAUCAGCAUUUUCCUCGUUUUAUCUAUCAUUGACAUGGUGUCGUUGGCGUGUGAUGUCUGCUUACCUCAUUAUUAUGUCAUGUUGGUGACGUCAUCUUGUUCAGCUGCCACCAUCGCUGGAAGAGCUGUUUUGGGAAUCAUCAUUAUAAGGAAUCGCGUCUCCUCUGAAAACCUUCCUAUGGCUUUGGGUGUGAACAACGUCGUAGAAGCUUUUGGAUUUUUCCUUGGUGGAUACCUAUCAGGGUUGGUGGCAGACAAAUUUUCAACGUACAAUGCAUCAUUCAUACUUCUCGCCUCUGUUGAUGUCUUUGCCUUCGUUUUCAUGAUGUUUCCUAAAGUGCUAAAGAAACCUGAAGUCAGUUCAGACGUGAAGAAUUGAGAAAAGGUUGACCAGAGGAGAGAUUCGUUUGAAAUUUGAUUUACUUUAUAAUAAUUAUACAGGUUAUUUAGUAAUACAAGCACACUUAGCAUAGCAAGUAGAUAAGUAGAAGUAGUAGUAGUAGUCAUGGUAGUAGUCGUAAUGGUAGGAUAGUAUAGUUGAAGAAAUAAAGGUAGUACUGGGGAGCGUUUCAUGAAAGGACUUGUCAGACGUUUUAUCCGACAAGUACUGUUUUAUCCGACAGUUACUAUGG